AUGGCUUCGACACCAAAACAAUCAAACGGCAAUUUGCCAUCGAACAACGGUUCCGGUUUAAAGCGGAAAAAAUCUCGUGGAAGUAAAGGGAAUUACUUGUCGAAAUGGUUGGACAAAACAAUGCGUCAUAUUCAGGAAUCUUCUCCAAGUACCGAAGUGCAUGAUACUUUUAUGAAUUCAAACAUGAAUUGGACAACUGGUUCCCAGUUUGCUCCUGGAUACGAUCCCUAUAAAUACAAUGUGUUUGAUUGUGCAUCGGAGCCGAUGUCGCUGCCAUCAUUACCGACGUAUUACAAUCCUAUGAUGCCUCCUUUAUAUCCUGAUUGUCGCUACAUGCUCAAUGAACAUAAAGGUAUCCAGGUCCAGAGGCCGCGGCCGCGACGACGAAGUGAAAAUAAGGCUGAAGAAGUAUCCAGUACACCUGCUGACCCUUCAAUGAACCUAACAAAUUAUUUGCAACCAAAGAAUUUCACAGAUAGUCAAGAUUUUGCUAGUCUCCCGCCGAUAGUGACAUCUAUGGGUGACACAAACUCAAAUAGUGAUAUGCACACCAAUGAUAAAGAUGAUGCAAGUAACACAAGGAGGAAUAGUGAUCCCUGUGUUCGGGAAUUGCCUGAUGUCACCAGGCCUGUCAAUGGGGAGGUGGACUCAGGAUCUGAAGCUAGCUCUGGUUUGUCAGGGAGUCAAGUUGGCAGCCGCUUAUUAUCUUGCCUGCUUGAUCAAAUAGCUACUCUUAAAACUGCUAAUGAAAGACUAAAUAAAGAGUUAUUGGAGACAAGAGCCGAACUGGAAAGUAUGAGACAUCAGAAUAUCUAUUUUUCAAAAGGUCCAACUUUGGGGUCUCCAUCUAAUCUUAAUGGAAACGGUGGCCAAUACUCGCCGGGAUUCCUAACGGAUUUGGUGCGCGAGAUACGAGACGCGGCGCGCAUGCGCGAGGAGGCGAUGUACGCACGCUUGCGCUCGCUCGUACUCGAGCGGACAGACAGUGGCUUAUCUUCGGCUGAGUCUAAACUUGCAGAACGAUCGAUUGAAGAAAUCAAGAGCUCUCUGCGUGCUUCAGAGGCCGAUAAACGACGCAUGAUGGAUCGAAUUGUAAAAUUAGAAGACGAACUACGAGUAUUAAGACUAACUAUCGGGUACGACUCUAAUGAAAGCCGUAUGAAUGGUAACGUUGAAGACGCGGAGAGCGAAAGGCUGCGCUUACGCAAGGAACUCGCCGACAUGCGCAAAGCGAAGCAAAGCUCCGAGGAGCAUGCCCAUAAACUUGAACGUCUAGUUACACAGCUACGUUCAAAAUUCAACGGCCUACAGAUAACGAACGGACCCGAUUCGUUGCCGAGCGAUCACGAACACGACACGCGAACUCGACGCACUUCGGCCAACUCGACGGUCGUUUUUGGACCAGUUACGGAUUUGUAGCGAAUGGAAAUCGGGCAUGUUAUAUGCUACAUCGUCACGGACUUUUUCAAGUCUUUGAAGUACAGAAUGGGAAAAUUGUAAUUUCCAUCAAUUGUGUUGAUUAGUAAAGUAGUUAUUAACUACCAUGUUUGAUAUGACUAAUGUGAUUUUAAAAUGACUAACUAUUAAUUAUUUGUUUGAAUCUCUACUAAAUCAAACUAAAGUCUUUAAAAAAUGCUGAACAGAAUACAAAAUUGUUGAUUUAAAAAGAAUUGAAAAAUAACUUGUAAGCUCUGAACUCAUUGUCAUGGCAUAACGUACUUAUUGGAAUGUGAUGAAAAUGAAACGAAUUUUUGGUAUUGCUCAUUAUGUGACUGUGAUUUUAUUUACGUUCACUCGUACUGUGCUCGGUGUUAAAGCUUUACGUAAUUUCCAUUUAAUUACGCAUAUUUAAUAUGUUCAUUUUUCUUUUGGAGGCGUUAUUGCCCUUAACAAUUUAGGUUAAUUUAAUUUUUUGAAAUUAUUAUUUAGAAAAAUUCCUAGGUUGCAGAACUAAAUAAUUUAUUUAACUAUUAUUUCAUGAUAGGAAUACGCAGUUUUAUUUAAUGACCUUGACUCCUUAAUAGUUAAGAUAGUAACACAUACAACAAACACACGUUGGUUUGCGUAUGCGUAUUAUAGUUUGAUUCUACAAUUAGGGUCUUACGCAUUUUCUCGUUGCUGAGUUUUCGUCGUGUUUUGUGUCGUCGUAUUACGGGCAUUAUCUUGACUAAUUAUUUAUAUUAAUUUAUAAUUUAUUUUAAAUGUGUUCAAAUUUUUUUUUCUAUAUUUUAAUAUUUGACAGACUUUAAUUUUGUUUUAAGAUUAAUAUCACGAAAUAUCUAAUUGUUAUUGAUUACUUUUUGUUUUUGAUUUUCCUUAUAUGUAGUAAAAGAUGCAAAUAUACACUACAGAGGCUGUCAAAGUUAACGUGAGCUCAAAUUAUUGAAAUUAUUUUGGUUGUAUUUUUUGUUUAUUUAAAAAUUUGUGAUUUAUUUUAAUUAGUGGAUAUGCGAACUUAUGUGAAUUUUGGAUUUAAUAUAAUAUUUUCAUUAUAAUAAAGAUGUGAAUAAAAAAAAAAAUGCUGUGCCAAGUGAAAAAUAGUAUUGAAGGCCGGUUUCGCUUUUGGACAGUAGGGUAUAAUUCCACGUUUGUAUCAUCGCUAUGUGGUUAUAAGAUAACUAACUACUAUUAUAACUGCUACUAAAUUAACUACUAUUAUUUUUAUAUUUUUGAUUGUUGCCGCUUCAAAUUGUUUCGUUUAAUUAAUUGUCUAAAUAAAUCAUUAAAUAUUCAAAUAAAUUUACGAAAAUCAAUUGAUUAAGACAGAAAGAGUAAUUUAAGCACUGGUUAGUAGUAUUGUCAGAAAUUCAUAUUUUUUUUGGUACUAAAAUUAAUUAUAACAAAAAUAAUUCUUAAAUGUUAUAGUAUAGCUCUCAUGUUGGUAUUAUAAUCACGAUAUAUCAUAUUAAAUCGUAACUAAAUACUCAAUCUUUGACUUAUUAGUAUCGUAAUAUCGUACUAUAUACUAAUUAAAAAUAAUACCCUCCCAUACAUUUUUAUAAUAUAAUCACCACGUUGCAGUAGGUACCCGUUUAUUUAUAUAUUUUAUUCUUUAAAAAUAUACUACUGGUUUUCCACUAAAAUAUUAAAUAUGUGUGAAAAAAAAAACUUUAUAUUGGUCAAAUAAUGUCAAAUAAUGCCACAGAGAAGCAACACGAGAUUAAUAGACUAUGUCGUCUUUGUUUUGGGUUAUAUUUCAAAUUACCAGAUUACCCGGUUGUAUAAAUGUUAGCUCAUGAUACUAUAAUGUUAUAACACAAGUAGUCGGAUUUACAAUUAAAAAUAAUUACAGUAAACAUUGUACAUAUGCUGACAUAUAUAUGUUCGUUUUGAAUUGUAAAUAAAUCAGUAUAUUUAACGGUAGUUUAAGCUAAACUGAGCAAUAUUAGUGUUACUCUAUGAAAACUAACUAAGUAGUAGCAUUCUGAUAUUUUGUAACAAUAGUUAAAAAAUAGCUACUUUUACUGUCCUUACCUCUCUCGUAUUUAUCCGCUAGUACAAGCAUUCAAAUACAAUCCCUUCAAAUGCUAGAUACGCAUUACAUAACGUAUAAUCUAAAUAUAUGUAACGCACAUAAUAUUAUAUAAAGAAAUCAAUUUUUUACGAAAAAAGCUGUCAAGAAACUGUCACAAUUAAGAUAGGCUUAUAUUUAUAUCGCUUAGGUAAGAGACCAACAAAAUCGUAGUGAUACAUUAGGCCGCCUAGUGCUUCAUAAUUUGUUUUAUUUUUGGCCUCAUAUAGCGCUGAAGUUGCUUAUAAUUAAACUAAGUUAGCAGUGUAAAUUUUUAAAAAUUUUCGACAUAGCUCAUAAAUCCUAGAGAGGGCCGUCGAGUGUGAAGUGUUCAUUGAGGCGCUCAAUAAAUAUUAUAAUGAAAAGCUAACUUAAUAAUCGAUUAAUCUUAUUGCUUACAAAAAAAAAAAAAAAAAAAUAACGACACAAACUAUUUGCGAUUUGUCAGUAAGUAGCAAUUGAUGAUAGAUUUUCUGUUCAGAUUAUUAAUUAUUCUUAGUUUUAGCAUUGGUUUAUAGUAUAUAUAACCGAGAUGCAGGUUUCUAACUAGAAAUUAAUCUUAAUUUGACAAUGUUAACUAUAAGAAAAAAUCUAAAAAUUUACCUAGCUUACGCAUAUCACUGUACUAACCACCGACAUCAUAUUUAGAAUAGACUGAUUUCACUAAUUUAUUAUACUAUGCAUAAAUGAUAUACCAAAUUAUAAUUAAUAUUAGAUAAUGUUGUAAUAGACUUUGUAACUUAUUAUAAAUACAACUUGAUAUUAAUAAUAUUAGAGUUCGGACGACUAACUUAGUGUAUGUGUGAAUUUGAUAACAGAUUUUUUUGUAAUUUAAUUAUUAAAAACAGUUUGCAAGUAAAUUGAGAGCGAGGGGUUCGAUGUUUUUUUUUGUUUUAAUUUUUUUUUCACUAUUAUUAUUUUAUCUUGGAAACUAUUUAAUCUGUACUAAUGAUCGUAUUCUAGAAUAAAUGAUGGUGCCUUAUUUGUAAUCAUGUCCGCCCAUGAGUAGUUGUUCGAAAGAUUAACUGUUGUAUACUCUGUGCCAUUUUCUUUUGGAAUAAAUAAUCUGUAUGCUUUUUAUUUUUAAAAUAUUAAAAGAAUGGUACUAUGUAGAGUAAAUUCGUAACUAAAUAAUAAAUAUUUAUACUAUUUUUAGUGUUAUUGUGUGCGUAGAAAUGUAAUAGCUUCGCGAAUAUUAAUAUAAGAUUUACCAAACAGAUGGUCUCGUUUUUAGUUGUAUAUUAGGAGAUCUAUAUUGCACAUUACCUAUUCUAUAAUCUGUAUCAACCUCAUAUGUACAAGUCUCAAACAAUAGCUAUUUGCUGAAAAAAAAAAAUUUACUUCUACAUAACGUUUGUAAUUAGCUUUUUCACUUAUUAUACUCUAAAAAUUAGAAAAAAAAAUCAACAGUGCUAUUGUAAAUCUUGUACAAAUUAGUUUGAAAGGUGCACGAUUCGUUUUGUAAUACUCAUUUACAAUUAUUUAUAUUAUUUAAUUAUCUGUAGUGUCACUUGUGUGCUCAUGGUUGGUAUAAGGUUAUAAAUAUAAAAUAAACGAUUAAAAUAGAA